UUGCUUAUAUUUAAUCAUCUGUGUACAGUGUAGAGCUCGUGUAGGUAUACAAAUUAGUUUUAAAAAUUGGAAAAAGGAAUUAAAGUAACCUACGAGUUAAAAUUUCUAAGAUUUCCAGCGCAGUUUCCUAGUCUGAUAAUUACAUGUUCUGUUCUAAUAUUGGUUGGAUUUCAUCUGUGCAAAACGAAUUGAAAUUAUUUCUCUUUGCAUUUGAAUUUUAAAAAUGACUCCAGCUGGCGCAUUUCCUAAGUACGAAGAAACUUUGCAGUGCAUUUUUUUUUCGACUACCGAACUUUCUACAGCGGAAUGGGAUUACUUGUGUGACUCCAUAAACGUAAUAAUAGCAUCAAUAUCGAAAGAUUACAUUUGGCAUAGAGAUGAGUUUAAGGUAUAUUUACCAAUUCUUACAGAAGUAAAAAAUGAUAUUCCAUUUUACCUUCAGAGUACUACAAAUUUUGGUGAUAAUAUUGAAGAUGAGUGGUUCAUAGUUUAUCUUAUAUUAGAGAUAACAAAAAUAUACAAACAUUUGAUUGUUCAUAUUGAAGACAAUGAUGGUGAUUUUCUUCUAAUUGAAGCUGCAGACCAUUUACCAGUAUGGGCUAAUCCUGAAACCACUGAAAAUAGGGUAUUUAUAUUUAAUCAACAUAUACAUUUAAUACCAAAUACUGUAGCACCUACAGAUGCAUUCUUAAAAUUAGAUGAUGCAAUUAAGCUUGUUAAAAAUAAUCCAGAGGUGACUAGGGCAUCUCUAGAAAUAGAACAGACUAUAAUAAAAAGGAUUGGACAAUAUCCAAAAAAAAUAAAAGAAAGUUGUCAUACAGCUAUUUUGAAACUUCCUGUGGAACUAGCUACAAUAUUAACUCUCAAACCAUCUCUAAUAGCUCCAAUUGUGAAUACAUAUUGCAAUAUUGAUGUACUUGAUGCUAAACAAUGUAAAGAUAUAAAAUUUGAAGACUGUAUAGAUACAGAAGUUAAAUUUACCAAAUACUUGUAUGCUAUGCUUAUGCAGUCUGAACUACCUACUUAUGUUAAGUGCAAUAAUUCAAUGAAAGAAAAAAAGUCAAAGCUUGGAUUAAAAGUUAUAUGUGCCUAUAGAAUAAUAAUGAGUAGACUUUCUAAAGAUAUAUAUUAUACAACAGAAUAUAAAAAGUUUCUGAAUAGUCUUACCAAGAAUGGUUAUUUCAAAGAUAAUUUGGAAGGUUCUGUUGAAUAUUCACAGUUGUUAGAAAAGGCAAAGACCUACUUUCUAGAUAUGGAGUGCUCAGUAAGUUUAAAUGCAUGUAAUACUAUAAAUGAAAUAAAGUUAUCUAAUGAAUUUAACAAUACAGCAGAACAAUUAAAACAAAAAAGUGACAAAGAACUUUUAGAAGAGGAUAAUGAUGACUGGUUAAAUAUUAAUCCAGAUCAACUAAAUGAGUUUUUAAAUAGCCAUUAUGGAAAAAAUGUUAAGCUUAAAAACAAAGAUCCUAUAUCACAGCAUAUUUUGACAUCAGAGUUAAAAGAUUUUCUUAAAGAAACUUCAAAUUUUGAAGGCAUAGAACAUAACCAGAAAGAAAUCACAAAGCAUACUAUUGAAUUUAAUUCAGAGGACUUUUGUUAUUGCUUAGAAAAAAUGUUAAACAUGGUUUCAAAUCAAAGUCUUAAUGAAAGUAAUAUUAAUAGUAGUGAUUAUAGUAGUGAUGAUGAUGAUGAUGAUUGUGUUGAAAAUAAUAAAGGUUUAGAAUGCAAAGCUCAAGAAGUUGAACUUGCUUCUAAAUUAAAAUCAUUUGAAAAGGAUAAAGUUGAAGUAAGCGUUUUUAAAAAUUUAUCACAAAGCUUGAAAGAAGAAGGCAUAACUGGUCCAGCGGGUACUAUUUUCAGACAAAUUGGAUUAAAAAAAAGUGAUAUGUUAGAUUCUGAUGACGAUGAUUAAGGUGAUGAAAAUUAAACUAAAGAAAAAUUUAUUGGAUCAAUCGGAAUAUUGUAAGAAGAAUUUAUUAAGGAAAAAAGCAACUUUUUUUGGAUAUGGGUCAUGUUCUUGAUAACAAAUCAAGACUGAUAUAACAACUAAAUGAUUUUUUGUUUAUAUUUGGAAUUUUGAAAGAAGAAUAAUUUUAUUUCAAUUCCAGUAAGAAAAAUAUGAAACUACUUUAAUAUGACAAAAAACUACAUUUACAAAUUACAAAUGCCCUUAUAAUUUCUAUACUGAUACCCAUAAUCAUAUAUCUACUUAAAAGCUGGGGUGAGUUUUCAAGACCUUUGUGUGAAAGUUUCAUUUAAAGAUUUUUGGGAAACAGACUUAUUGCUAAGAAUAUGCUAAUUUGUCGUAGUUAAGGAAAGGUUGUUGGAAAUUUUAAUUUUACAUUAUAAAA